AUGCUGCGAAAGAGCCAAAACUCCUGCGGAAAUCGUUCCAUUCAGCCGGUGCCAAGCCGGCACUUCCGGCAAGAACCAGAUACUAGCUGGCCCCUUGUGUCCUCAAACCACCCAGCCCUGUCUGUGGCACAGACCCCCCCUCACCCACCGACCGGGCCGCGGGGAACUGGGGGGCGCCGAGGCACCAGGUGUGUGAAGCCGUCGGGUGACGCAGCACCGGGGACCGGCCGCCUCCGCCAGAAGGGCGGCUCCCCAGCCCGUUUCCGAACGCCUGAGCCUCCCUACCCCUCGACGUCCAGGCUCAGGCCGGCCGCGGCCGAGGCCUCCUCCCUGACCCUCCCCACCCCACCGACAGGUCCCACAGCCCCCGCCCAGCCCGCCCGCCGGCACCGGGGGCGGGGGCUGGGGUCGGGCGGCCGGAGGCGCAGGGCACCGGCGCGGCCCCAGGAGUGUCGCGAGCGGGGGCAAGCGUCACUCACCGCAGCCGGACACCAGCACCAAGAAGCCGGGCUGCCUGUGCAGGACCAGCGAGGGGACGGGCGCGACAGCUGCGGCGCCAGCACUUCCUGCCUCAGGAGGCGGACCGGAAGUCUCACCGGAAGGCGCGGCGGACCCAACUCCGGGAGCGGGGGUGCGCCGCCGUUCUCGCUCCCGUCGCGGCCGACUUCGCCUUGUCAGCCCCGGCGCGGGGCUGGAGCCGACCAUCGCAGCCUGGGUUUUCGCUGUGCCUCGCGGGCCGUGAGGUCCGGAGCGGGCAUGGCGCGGCCGGGGCCCCGCGGCCCGCCCUCCUCCCCCGCCGUAGGCAGCGGGUUCCGCGGCCCUUCCAUAUUCCCGGGCCGGCGCGAGCCCUAG